AUGGCAUUGAUUGCACAGCAAGUUCAAGAAAUUCUUGCUGAUAAUUUUCUUAAUCUUAACACCCCUGAAGAUCUUUUAUAUUGUCGUAGAAUUGAAGGAGGAGCUGCACAGAAUAUUCAUCUUCCUCCAAAUUCAGAAUCAGCUAAUGAUAUUAAAAAAUAUUUGUCUAAACGUCCUAGUGGUGCUUCUAAAAAUUUCUAUUUACAUAUUAACCCACUUUGGCGUGAAACUGGUAUUUAUAGAACUUCCAUUUGGUUUUUAACAAACCAUUCUGGUCAUAAAACUGUUGCUCAAAUUCUUCAGAAUGCUAAUGUUUCAGAAGAUACUAUAAUGGGAGUAACAGGUCACAAAAGUAUUCAAGGUAUUCGUGUAUUUAAAGAAGUGAAUAAAAAACAACAUCUUGCUGCUAUGGAUACUUAUAUUAAUGCUAUAGAACCAUCAAGAUCAAUUCUUACUGAUUCAUCAAUAGAUUAUAUAUUUGCGGCAAAUUUUAGUCAUAUUAGUUGCUAG